CGAAAGCAAAUGCAUCACACAAGACCGCUUGCCUAAUUUAACACAAACUAAGAAACUAUUAAAUUAAUUUGGACGCCUUCGUCUUCAGAUCACAAAUUCUCCUUUUGAAAUAUAUGAAUUCAGUGUUUUGAUCUGUCGAUUCCUCCUCCGUCAUAUUCAAUUUAACUUAUUUCAGUUUGCUGCGGCAAUUCGAUUCAUUCCACUACAUUUGAAGGCACCCCUAUCUGGAGAUUUCUUUUGUCUGUUUAGACUGUGUUGUAGAAGCGAUGGAGAAUUCAUGUGAUAGUUUCUGGAAAUGGGGCAAUGCUCGAAAGAAGAUGGCAUUCACGAAAGGCGGUUGUAUUGAAGGUGGAUCUCAUAUGAUUUCUGAGGUCAAUGCAUCAAAAUUUGGAGGUCCUUGCAGUGGUUUGGGCAUGCCAGUUGGAAGUUCAGGUAUGGAAGUUAAUCUCUCCAAUUCCAUGCACAAGAACAGCGAGGUCAAUUGCAAAAGCUCCCCUACCUCAGUAAUUCGAGCUUUCCAAACUAGUUCUACUGAUUCAGAUGCAAUUUCCCGCCACUCACAUGUUGAGUUGAAUCCCCAGUCUUUUCCCUGUUCCGAAGAAAAAAUGCUUCAAGAUGGAAAUCUGAAUGACAGGAAGGAGCCGUCAGAAUUAUGGGUGAGGAAGAUGGUCCAAAAAGCAGGUUCUGGUGAAGAAUAUGGUUGUUUCAAAAUUCAGAAGGAAAACCCUGAAUCAUUUGCCGCAUUGAAUAUGUUGGCUGAUGUAGCUGUUUGGGUUCUCCAAAAUGGAUACAAAGAAGAUGAUAAGGCUAUGGCUUCACUGGGGCAGUGGCAAAUAAUUCGUCCUUCUGGAGCACUCUCCUCGCAGAAGAUUGUAAUAAAAAGAGCGAGAAAUGAUUCCAAAUCUCUAUGUCCUGAACUCCCAGCCCAUGCACAGAUGCUUUUGCCUUCCCUUUCAGAGCAUCUCUUAGCAAGCAAACUGGGUAGCCCUAGAUACAGCUUGAAGCGUCAAUAUAAUCAAGUUAAAGAGCACGGGCUUGCUGAUAAGGAUAAAGUAGAGAACCCAAAUGUUCGCAGCUCAAAGAGAAAUAGAGCCCAGUAUCCGAGCUAUAAGUAUGCUGAUUUUGUUCUAUAGAGGCAUAGCCACUGAUACGUCCCUCCCUCUGUUGGAGAUUUUGAAAUGUUUAAAUGGUCACUACUGUACAUGUUUCUGGUAUUUAUUGAGGUUUCCUCUCUAACAAUUGAAAGCCAUUGUGCUUCUA